AUUUAAAAACCUUAACCAGAUGUUUUUUUCCCUAGAAAAACCCGUUCAAUCCUAUCAUAAGCUAACAAAAUGUUAUCAGUUAUUAUUAUUUAUUAGUCUAUUUUUCACAAGCACCCUGGCUAUCAGAAAUAAUAUUACGGGGUAUAAAUUAUGUUUGGGUCUUUGAUCUUAGGAUUCAAAAUUAUAUUUUAAAACUUUAAACAAAUACGAGAAUAAAUUAAAAUUUAAGCGGAAUUAAUUUCUGGUUUUAGGAACGAAAUCGGUGAGAAAUGAAACCAGAUUUAUACCCUAAUUUCCUAAUUUGAGUAAUUUGGUAGGUCUCGAAUUCUAUGCUGACAAAUCCUGCCACAGCCUUACACGCCGCCGUUGCCAGCCGCCACCGGUGGGAGCAAGGACGCCGGAACCAUUCUUACUCCAUCUUGCGACUUGUGCCUUGCGAGGCGCUUCUCUCUGCCUCUCUCACGUGAGCAACCCUUUCUUAGCUACUGACUACCAUUUUUGUAUGAAGCUAGCCAACAAAGAUGAUCCAGUGAAGAGUUUCUGAGGGGUUUAUUUGGGUACUACAAUGUAACAAGUUCACAAUCCAAUAGAGUUUUGUUUGUGGGUCCACGAUUGAUGAUUCUCACUUCACUCUUUGAAGCAUCGCCGAUUCCCCCCAUUUGCGCUUCAACUAUCUUCGUUUCCUCUUCUUCCAAAUCAGAUCAUAAGGAAUGGUAAAAUUCACGAUAAGUAAGGGCAGAUAUAUGUAUACCCAUGAUCAGAAAUAUCCCUGCGAAAAUGUCGACAUACACCACAUUAUUUUGAAGAGUGGUAGGGCAAAUUAUGUCUUUGUAUACACCUCAGCCGUUCUUGUAUUAGCUUCUGCCUUAUAUCUCUAUAUUCUUGGGGAAAAAUCAAUUAGUAUUGUAUAUUACAGCCUGCUUUUUGACCUAUUUCUUGUCAAGUUAUUGCUUCGAAAGCCUGUUAAGAAAGAGUCUGUUGUAAUUAUGCCAGCUUUUGGAGUACAGCUUGAGACUCACUACAUGAGUGGAAAAAUCGUUAGAUGCUUUGUUCCCAUUGACAAGAUUCUGAAACCUGUUCUAGUAGAAUGUGUGACACCAGUGACUUGUUACUUGACACUAUCGUUGAUGAUUCGUGGGGAAUCGGAAAUGGUAUUAGUUUUCAAGAGCUUGCGUCCACCAGUGAAAAUGCUGGUCCAUGUAUGGAAGGCCCUAUGUGCUGCAACUGAUAUUAAGGAAGAGGCUAUGAUGUAGUGAUUCAGGACCCGUUUGAAAUAAUCUCAAGUUCAUAGUUUCGGAAGUAUACAUUUUUGGCAUUUCUGGCCAUCUACUGAGGGCUAAUUAACUAGAUUGUUGUUCCAUAAAUUAGGUAGGUUGCAUAAACAGGAAUGUUUCGUGACAUGACAUGACAUAGCUGUACAUGCUGAAUAUUAUUGCCAAGAGAAUGUUUCUAUGCGCAUUAAACUACUUUACAUGGAUCGCUAUCUUAGCGAUCAAAUUGGACCCCUCAUUAUACACCAUGUAAAAUGACGUUGAAUCGGUCAUAUAUCUAUCUAUAUACAAUCAUCUAUAGUACGGUUGUCUAUC